CACGAUGCACAAUCCUGCAGCACCCCUCUCACUCUGUACCUGCUCGACGGUCAACAAACAUGCAUGAAAACGGCAACAUAGCUUAAAGUGAUGUCAAGCAGCAUCUUGAACGACCGCUAAAUCUUGACAGAGAGGUUCGACAAGACGAAGAUAUGCACGACUACACAUGUCUCUAGGACUCAAAAAUCUUCGACACUCCUCGGCAAGUGCAAGUGACACCAAAGUAUACUUGGAAGUAAGCGAGAUUGCUGCCUGUUUCUGCAUCUAUUACCCACAUGAGAUCAGUUUUGAACAUCUGUCAUCAACAACAUUUUCGUCGAAAACCUUCCAUUGCGGCUUUGUCCAGUACCAAAUUCGGCUUCAAUUCCCACCGAUUCACGAUCGCGCAGCUAAAUCAAUUCGCCUGUACAAAUGCAACUGCUCGACCUGCCAAAAGAUGGGUUUCUUCCACUGCCGACCCAUCUCGCCUGAGGAAGACUUCAUUCUCAUCUCGCCCACCAACCUGGGGGAGCUGGGUGACUACCGCGCGUUUUCUAAGACGAAUGGCUGGUACUUCUGCAAGAAGUGCGGCGUCCGUGUCUUCGGAGUAGCUGGGAAGUGGGAGCAGACGGACAUUGAUGUCGAACAGUGGGCGGGUUCAAAAGACACUGGAGAGGGAAAACAGCAACCGGUUUUGAAGACAAAGAGCACCACUAGAACGAGGAACGUGAACGGAGAAGAGAUUACGGAAACGUAUCAUUACGUCAGCGUGAACGCGGUGACGCUUGAGCCUAGCGAGGACAUUGAUCUGAGGAUGUGGUAUGAGAAAGGAUGGGUUUUGUACAUGGAUUGUAGGGAUCGCAAAGGUCAGCCUCGUCCAGCGAAGCCGUAUGAAGGGGGCAUGUACUGAGAAAGAUAGUACGAUUACCGCAUAUCACACGUUACAGAUCA